AUGGAAAGGAACGGAAGUUCUUGCGGAACGAUAUUUGCAAGAGAUAAAAAGCCCAUCAUCGGCGGUGAAUGUAGCGGCCUUGCAACCACUUCCUAUUGCAUCAGGCCUGCUGCAGGGAGUGUCUGGUCAUCAACAGGUACUUCUGCACGUGGGGUCCAGGUGCGCUGGUCACGUGGGGCGGCCGUACUUAACGGUGUACUUAUUCACGUCAUGUCUCAAAUAUGA